GCACCGGCGGCUGCAGGAGGCUGCCCAGGGAACCCGAGGCUGGUGAACAGGGACCCGCAGUGCGGGUUAUGCUGAGGGUUCGGAUCACCAGGGACAAAGGGACAAUCAGAACAGCGCCAUGGAGAAUUCCCAGGAGAAUCCUGAAGAGAUAGAAGUGAUUGUGGAGGAGGAUUAUGAAGGCCCAAGUAUCAUUACAUCCCCGCCGGAGGUGAUUAUGGAGGAGGAUUAUGAAGGCCCAGGUGUCUCUAUGUCUCAGCCGGAGGAGCCAGUAGCUCACCCCACCGAGCGGACAGCUGCAGACCACCACACCAUCACGCACCCAGGCACCGGUGAGGUCUACGUGGAGCUGCAGGAACUGGUGAUGGAUGGGAAGAACCGGGAGCUGCAGUGGAUGGAGGCAGCGCGCUGGGUGCGACUGGAGGAGAACCUGGGGGAGGACGGGGCCUGGGGCCGCCCUCACCUGUCUUACCUCAACUUCUGGAGCCUCCUGGACCUGCAGAGAGCCUUUGCCAAGGGUUCUGUCCUCCUGGACCUGUCAGAGACCUCCCUGGCCGGGGUGGCCGAGAACCUGCUGGACCGCUUUAUCUAUGAUGGGCUGAUUCGGCCUCAGUAUCAAGAAGAACUGCUCCGGGUCCUGUUGCUCAAACACAGCCAUGCCAGAGACCUAAAGGAGCUAGACGGUGUGAAGCCCACGGUCCUGACACCUUCUGGGGGCACUUUACAGCCUCUGCUUCCCGAACACCCUUCGCUGGAGACACAGCUCUUCUGUGCACAGGGAGAGGGGGACACAGAAGAGAGCUCGCCAUCUGGAAUUCUAGAAAAGAUAUCCCCGGAUUCAGAGGCCGCCCUGGUGUUAGUGGGCCGCAUCUCCUUCCUGGAGAAGCCGGUGCUGGGCUUUGUGCGGCUGCGGGAAGCUGUGGAGCUGGAGGCCACCGUGGAGCCCUCCGUGCCUGUGCGCUUCCUCCUUGUGUUGCUGGGACCCGAGGCGCCCCACUCCGACUACACUCAGCUCGGUCGGGCUGCUGCCACCCUCAUGUCGGAGAGAGUGUUCCUCAAUGAGGCAAACACGGCCCAGAGCAAGGAGGAGCUGGUGCGCUCCCUCGAGGGCUUCCUGGACUGCAGCCUGGUGCUGCCUCCCUUGGAUGCCCCCUCAGAGCAGGCGCUGCUGAGUCUGGUGCCUGUGCAGAGGGAGCUGCUGCGGAGACGCUACCUGCCCAGUCCUGCGAAGCCGGACCCCAGCUUCUACAAGAGCCUAGAUUUGGGUAGGGGUCCAGGGGUCCCUAGUGGCCCAGAGGACCCUCUGCAGCGGACAGGCUAUCUCUUCGGGGGCCUGGUGCAUGACAUCAAGCGCCGCUACCCCCACUACUUGAGUGACAUCACAGACGCGCUCAGCCCCUCCGUCCUGGCUGUCGUCUUCUUCAUCUACUUUGCCGCCCUGUCACCUGCUAUCACCUUUGGCGGCCUCCUGGGAGAAAAGACAUACAACCAGAUAGGAGUGUCAGAGCUGCUCUUGUCCACUGCACUGCAGGGCAUCAUCUUCUGCCUGCUGGGGGCUCAGCCCCUGCUUGUGAUUGGCUUCUCAGGACCCCUGCUCGUAUUUGAGGAAGCCUUCUUCUCGUUCUGCAACAGGCAAGGCCUGGAGUACAUCGUGGGCCGUGUGUGGAUCGGCUUCUGGCUCAUCCUGCUGGUGGUGCUCGUGGUGGCCUUUGAGGGCAGUGUCCUGGUCCGCUUCAUCUCCCGCUACACCCAGGAGAUCUUCUCCUUCCUCAUCUCCCUCAUCUUCAUCUAUGAGACCUUCAGCAAGCUGGUCAAGAUCUUCCAGGAGCACCCACUACAGAGGAAUUAUGACCAGAAUGUGAUCACAGAGCCCAAACCUCAGGCCCCCAUGCCUAACACAGCCCUCCUCUCCCUUGUUCUCAUGGCCGGCACCUUCUCCAUUGCCAUGAUGCUGCGCAAGUUCAAGAACAGCACCUACCUCCCCGGCAAGCUGCGACGGAUAAUCGGGGACUUUGGGAUUCCUAUUUCUGCCCUGAUCAUGAUCAUGGUGGAUUUCCUCAUCCAGGAUACCUACACCCAGAAACUCAAUGUGCCUGAAGGUUUCUCGGUGUCCAACACCUCGUUCCGGGGCUGGCUCAUCCACCCACUGGGCUUGUAUACCCGUUUCCCGACGUGGAUGAUGUUUGCCUCGGUCCUGCCUGCCAUGCUGGUCUUCAUCCUCAUCUUCCUUGAGUCCCAGAUCACCACGUUGAUUAUCAGCAAACCAGAGCGCAGGAUGGUCAAGGGCUCCGGCUUCCACCUGGACCUGCUACUGAUUAUGGGCAUGGGCGGGCUGGCCCCCCUCUUUGGGAUGCCCUGGCUCAGUGCCACCACUGUGCGUACUAUCACCCACGCCAAUGCCCUCACCGAUGUGGCUAAGGCCAGCACCCCAGGGGCUGAAGCCCAGAUCCAGGUCAGGGAGCAGCGGAUCAGUGGGCUCCUGGUCGCUGUGCUUUUGGGCUUGUCCAUCCUCAUGGGACCCGUCCUGCGUCGCAUCCCCCUGGCUGUGCUGUUUGGCAUCUUCCUCUACAUGGGGGUCACAUCCCUCAGCGGCAUCCAGUUCUUUGACCGCAUCUUGCUUCUGUUCAAGCCGCAGCAGUACCACCCGGAUGUGCCCUACGUCACGCGGGUAAAGACCUGGCGCAUGCACUUGUUCACGAUCACCCAGAUCAUCUGUGUGGUGGUGCUGUGGGUGGUGAAGACCUUCCCGGACAGCUCACUGGCCCUGCCCUUCGUCCUCAUCCUCACAGUGCCCCUGCGCCACUUCCUGCUGCCAAUCAUCUUCAAGAAUCUGGAGCUCCAGUGUCUGGAUGCUGACGAUGCCAAGGCGAUCUUUGAUGAGGAGGAAGGUCAGGAUGAAUACGACGAGGCGACCAUGGCCGUGUAAGGGGAGGGCCUGGGCCUCAGAGCCUCCUCCACCGUUCCUCUUCCCCACUCUCCCGGGAAAAGCAGAAGUUCAUGGGCACCUCAUGCUCUGCAGGCUCCUCCUGGGACAGCAGUUGAGGCCCUGGGGCUGUGUGUAAGGGAAGGAAGGGGUGUCUGGGAAACUUUCCACUAAGGGUAGAUCAGCUUUACUGCCUGGAAAUGGCCAGUGGAGCCCAUACUGGGGAUGCGAUGUACAGUCUCUCCUGCUGCCACACUGCCAUAUGGGGACUCUGGCUGAAAGACUCAGGUCUGAGCCCCACCUCCUCACAGCACAGACAGGGGCAGUCGCGAGAGCAGGAGUUGGUGGGUGGUUCAAGUUCCUGCCUGCUGUGUGACCUUGGGCAAGUCCCUCGACCUCUCCAGCCUCUGCUUCCUCUUCUGUAAAAUGGGUAUAUUGAUAAUAAUACCCACAUUACAGGAUGGUUACUGAGGGCCAAAGAUAAAUGUGAGAAAAAGGCUUUGUAAACUCUGACAGGACUAUUAUACCAGCCUGCCCAAGGUCACACAGCUCCUGAGCCAUAGCGCUGGUGUUUGAACCUGGGCUCCCGCCUCUGAGGCUAGAGCUCUGGGCUCUAUUUCAGUCGCCCACCUUCCCAUGCUCAGAGAUGCCCCUGCUGACUCCUCCCCUCCCCGUCUCUGCUCCCACCCCUGACCCAGGGCCCUCCUCUCUGGGGCAGAGGGAGGUGUCCUGGUAAGGAUAAGAUGCAGGUGAGGGUACAACUGGGGCUGGGACUCAGGGCUCCUAAGUGCUUGCUCCCUCCCCUCAUGCUUUCAUUCAUUCACUCAUUCAUUCAUUGCACAAACAUUUGCUGAGAGCCCUGGACCCUGGGGAUGACAGAGGUGACUCACACAAGAUCUGGCCCUGGGGUGGGGGUGGGGGCCAGUGCACAGUCUGUUCUAGAUUUGGAUGGGAGGUGGGGGGAGGGUAGGAAGGUAGGGAGAAGAUGGAGUGGGGAGGGGAGGGAGGUUUGUAAUUUAUUGACUGUGUAUCUUCUCAGAGAUUUCAUUGUACUUUGGCUUCACACACGUAUCCACGUCCCCCAUUACAGACCCACUGUCCCCAACCCAACCCAAACCAUAUCUUGGGGAGAACCCAGAAUUUGACCAAUCGGGGUAUGAGACAGUGGACUUUGCAGAAUAUGGGUAAAAUCUAUGUUUUUAAAAAACAAAAAAAUAUAAAGAGUUGAAAGAACUGAAAGUGGUGAGAGAUGGCUGAAACGAAGAAUCAGGGGGUGACAGAAAAGAAAGGAGGCUGUGGGCUCCUGAUGGAAGGCUCUGGGGUGCAUCCCUGAAGGCUGACAGCUGCCUCCCACCACUUCACUGUUCUGUGCCUCAGUUUCCUCAUCUGUAAAAUGGGCAGGGUAAUGGUACCUACCUUGUAGGAUUGUCAUAAGGAUUAAAUGAGACAGAGCUUGUAAAGCGCUUGCUUAGCACAGAGCUUGGCCUCAGGCCUCAGAAGAAGAGCUCAAUAAACGUUAGCUGCUGAGAUUGUCGUUGUGAUUGGGAUGUCCCUGUCCCCUCCCUCCCUCUGCUCCUGGAACACUGCUAAGGAAAGUGGAAACAAAGUAGCCCACUCUGGCAGCACCCUUCUCCUCACCUUUCUCCUAGAUGCUUGGGAAUAGGUUUUGCCA